CUAAUGCACGUGCGCAGUCGAGUUGGUAGUUAGUCAGCAGAUAAAGUUUUUCUUCACAAGAGAUUCAUUGUGCAUUUCUACUGCAAAAAGUUAUGGCACAUCAAGACGAACUUGCGACGGCUAUAUUGAAGAACAAGUCACGGCCUAACCGUUUGUUGGUGGAAGAGGCUAUUAACGAUGAUAAUUCAGUGGUAUCUAUGUCUCAGGCCAAAAUGGAAGAGUUACAACUCUUUCGUGGAGAUACAGUUCUGAUAAAAGGAAAGAAGAGACGCGACACCGUCUGCAUUGUAUUGUCUGAUGAUUCAAUUUCUGAUGACAAAAUACGCAUGAACCGUGUUGUGAGGAGGAACCUCCGAGUCAGACUGGGAGAUAUAGUGAGUGUUCAAGCAUGUCCUGAUGUCAAAUAUGGUAAAAGGAUUCAUGUUCUUCCUGUUGAUGACACAGUGGAGGGGUUAACAGGAAAUUUAUUUGAUGUCUACUUGAAGCCUUAUUUCUUGGAGGCUUACAGACCAAUAAGGAAAGGUGACAUGUUCCUUGUACGUGGCGGCAUGAGAGCUGUUGAGUUCAAGGUGAUAGAAACUGAUCCCACACCAUACUGCAUUGUAGCACCAGACACGGUGAUACACUGUGAAGGAGAGCCAGUAAAGAGAGAGGAGGAAGAGGAGUCUCUCAAUGAGGUUGGUUAUGAUGACAUAGGAGGCUGCAGAAAACAACUGGCUCAGAUUAAAGAGAUGGUGGAGUUACCACUCAGGCAUCCCCAGUUGUUUCGGGCUAUUGGUGUUAAGCCUCCCCGUGGUAUUCUUCUGUAUGGCCCUCCUGGAACUGGAAAAACCCUUAUGGCAAGAGCUGUUGCCAACGAGACAGGAGCAUUUUUCUUUCUUAUUAAUGGUCCUGAAAUCAUGAGCAAACUUGCUGGCGAAUCAGAAAGUAAUCUUAGAAAAGCUUUUGAAGAGGCAGAAAAAAAUUCACCAGCAAUUAUUUUUAUUGAUGAAAUUGAUGCAAUUGCUCCCAAGAGAGAUAAGACUCAUGGAGAGGUGGAAAGACGAAUUGUGUCGCAACUUUUGACUCUGAUGGAUGGUUUAAAGCAGAGGUCCCAUGUCAUUGUGAUGGCCGCAACCAACAGACCAAACAGUGUUGAUCCAGCUUUACGGCGAUUCGGCCGUUUUGAUAGGGAGGUAGACAUUGGAAUACCAGAUGCCACUGGUCGUCUAGAGAUCUUGCGUAUACACACAAAGAACAUGAAACUGUCUGAUGAUGUUGAUCUUGAACAGAUUGCAGCUGAAACACAUGGUUAUGUUGGUUCAGAUGUUGCUUCCCUGUGUUCUGAGGCUGCUCUUCAACAGAUUCGGGAAAAAAUGGAUUUGAUUGAUUUGGAAGAUGAACAGAUUGAUGCAGAAGUCCUGGACUCAUUAGCUGUUUCUAUGGAUAACUUUAGGUAUGCUAUGGGAGUAUCCAAUCCCUCAGCUCUGCGUGAGACUGUUGUUGAGGUGCCAACAACCACAUGGGAUGACAUUGGUGGUUUAGAGAAUGUUAAACGUGAACUGCAGGAACUGGUGCAGUACCCAGUGGAACAUCCUGACAAAUUCCUUAAGUUUGGAAUGACACCAUCCAAAGGCGUACUGUUCUAUGGUCCCCCUGGUUGUGGUAAGACUCUUUUGGCUAAAGCCAUUGCAAAUGAGUGCCAGGCAAACUUUAUUUCCAUCAAAGGUCCAGAACUUCUUACGAUGUGGUUUGGUGAGUCCGAGGCCAAUGUGCGAGAUGUUUUUGACAAGGCUCGAAGUGCUGCUCCAUGUGUGCUGUUCUUUGAUGAAUUGGAUUCCAUUGCCAAAGCAAGGGGAGGAAAUGUUGGAGAUGGAGGUGGAGCAGCUGAUCGCGUGAUCAACCAAGUACUUACUGAAAUGGACGGCAUGAAUGUGAAGAAGAAUGUCUUUAUUAUUGGAGCAACCAACAGGCCAGACAUCAUUGAUCCAGCCAUAUUACGACCAGGUCGUUUGGAUCAACUGAUAUAUAUUCCUCUUCCUGAUGAGCCGUCACGUGUCUCCAUUCUCAAGGCAUGUUUAAGGAAAUCUCCCAUUUCAAAGGAUGUUGACUUAGAUUACGUUGCCAAGGUUACUCAUGGUUUCAGUGGUGCAGACUUGACAGAAAUUUGUCAGCGGGCUUGUAAGCUGGCCAUCAGAGAGUCAAUCGAGAAAGAAAUUCUAAAAGAUAAAGAGAGAGCUGAGAACCCUGACCUGGAUAUGGAAGUUGAGGAUGAAGAUCCUGUUCCAGAGAUUAGAAGAGACCACUUUGAGGAUGCCAUGAGAUUUGCUCGCAGAUCUGUCAGUGAUAAUGACAUUCGCAAAUAUGAGAUGUUUGCCCAAACCCUUCAGCAGAGCCGUGGAUUUGGUGGAAAUUUCAGGUUUCCAAGUCAGUCAGGUGGAUCUCAAGGGGGAGGACAGGGUGGUUCUGGAGCAGACAAUUCUAACUUAUACGAUGAUGGAGAUGAUGAUCUGUACAGUUAGGACAAACUGUGUGUUCAGUUCAAUUGUUUUGGAAACAAGACUUGACAAUAUUCGCCUGCAUAUUAGAUUGUCAGUAUUUCUCUUAAACACAUUAUUUGUGGGUAACUUACUGAAAAAGUGAUUUGCAAUAUAAUGUAGAGCUUAGCUUCCAAAUUUCAAAUAUGAUGUACUAGAUGUGAUGCAUAUUUAAUAAAAAUACAGUCAGAAUCUGAGGUGUGGUGAUAUGUGUGAUAUGUGUGCAUGUGAUUUGUGAGGAAGUUAGUCUGCUGGCAGCCGGUUUUUUCCUCUAAGGGACACUUAGAUGAGUGUUUAGCUAUUGCAAAUGCAAAAAGAUGGUAUGGCUGAGAGGGAAUAAGGUGAGACAUGCUCAUGUCUCGUCCCAUUCCCCUUUAGGCUAAAGCGUCUCACCUCAUAACCCCUGCUGAAUUUCGAGAGGAAAACAGACUGCCAGCAGUCUAUAAGAAAGUAAGCCAAAUGGUUAGAUAGACACUGUAAUUCUAUUUUUUGGGGGGAGAGUGGGAGGAGUGGCAAGCUCAUUCAACCCACCCUUGCAAAAAGUAUAUAACAUGGCAUUUACCUAAUAAUACAUAUUGCACAUUGAACAAAGCCUAAACUUUCUUUUGUCUGUGGGCACUUUGCUUCACUGGCUUGCUCAUGGGAUGAGUAAGUCAACAGUUGAAUAAAUUUUAUAGUGACCAUUGUUUAACAGUCAUUUAACAUUAUUAGAUUACAAGCUUGAGAUGUCUACAAGGAAAUAUUUGAGUUAGCAGUCAGUCUCAUCAACUAUCACCUCAUAGAAAUCUAGAAAGAAUCUAAUUUUUUUAGUACAAAUCUACUAGCGUUCUAUCAUGAAUGCCAUCCUCUGAUUGGUUAUGCUACUUGCUAUUUAUCCUGUAAUAUAUAGGAGAAUCUUUGUUUACAAUAUUUGCCUCAUUACCAUAAGCGAUACAGUUUCUGAUGGAGCUACAAAGAGAUUAAUACUGAAUAUUGAAAGGACACGGCAUGAUUAACUGUCCCAAGGAAUUUGAGCGCAAUGUAUUGAGUACUUUUUGUCCGAUGUGGGUUUAAAAGCUCAAAAUUUUACAAAGAAUGUAUGAGCUCAUUAGCGCUUUUGCCACACAAAAAUUUUGAUGUUUUUGAAAGCCAGUUUCUCCUCGAAUAUUACACCCAAAGAGCCAAAACUUUCACCACUUACUAUGUUUCACAAGCUCUAAGUUUUUCUAGUAAAAUCAUGUCUAGCAUGAUGCCUUCUAUGGGCAAAGUCGUAUGUUAAUGAGGAAAAAUGUAAACAAUGACAUCAGCAAAGAUUCGCUUAUAGUGAGUAGGGUAGCAGUGUGCCCUUGUUUAUGAAAUGACGGCCUCUUCUUGGCAUGUUUGAGAUGUCUGUGAAGAGGAUUUAGAUAAAGUUUUGAAUGAUUAGUAGAUUUGCACCAAAACAGCUAGAUUAUUCGUUCUUGAUUUCUGUGUGAUAAUUGCACCCUCGUCAACUAUCAGUUGAUAGACAUCAAGAGCAAAUAAUCUUAUUGUUCAGUGGAAUUUCAAAUAGUGAUUUCCAAUAAUUUGUCUUCAUAUAAGUAGUGCUAAAUUUAGUUUUUUCGUAAAACCAUGCACAGGCUAAAUUCAUUUUAAACUUGGAGAAUGAAACUCUUUGGUUCUUUCAACAAAUUAUUUUAAUGUUUCAUAGUUGCUUAGCUAAGCCUAUUAGAUUGCAGUAUUUGCAGUAGAAUACAAGUCAGCAUCUACUAAAAGGAUUUUUAACCCUCUUGACAGUCACACAACACCCAUUCUGAAAGUAAUUUAUCUUUAUCAGGUUUAAUUUCACCUUUUAAUGGUGCAAAUAAAAUUACUGUUACACUGGCA